AUGGCGGCUACAUCGUGUUUGAUAAAAAGAUUGGUGAAACCUAUUUCUGGGGUUUCCAGUUAUGGAAAAUGUGGGAUGAUUUCGUUUAUAACAUCAAAGAACUCUCUCUCUUUGAACAGAUGUGCUUCGUCUUUUUCUUUUGUUCCGGAGAAAGCAGAUCCCGCUCUUGGGGAGACCAAAAAAAUCAACUUAUUUCAAGCAUUAACUGAUGCCAUGGAUAUUGCACUUAAAUCAGACCCAAGUACAGUGAUCUUUGGUGAGGAUGUUGCCUUUGGUGGUGUGUUUAGAUGUACUGUUGGUCUCAGGGAAAAACAUGGAAAGGACAGAGUAUUCAAUACACCACUAAGCGAGCAAGGUAUUGUAGGCUUUGGUAUUGGAUUGGCUUCUGCUGGAGCCACAGCAGUAGCUGAGAUUCAGUUUGCUGACUACAUUUUGCCUGCUUUUGAUCAGUUGAUCAAUGAGGCUGCUAAAUUUAGGUAUCGUUCUGGUAACUUAUUUGAUUGUGGAGGUUUAACUGUUCGGGCUCCCUGUGGUGCAGUGGGGCAUGGUGCCGUCUAUCAUUCCCAGUCUAAUGAGAGCUUUUUUGCUCAUGUUCCUGGACUAAAAGUUGUUAUUCCUCGUAGUCCUAUCAAAGCCAAAGGUCUUUUAUUAGCAUCAAUCAGGGAUCCCAAUCCUGUGAUAUUCUUUGAGCCUAAAAUUCUCUACAGACAGUCAGUUGAGGAAGUUCCUGUGUGUGACUAUGUAUUACCAUUGUCUGAAGCUGAAGUGAUACUAAAAGGUAGUGAUGUGACAUUGGUUGGCUGGGGAACUCAAGUACAUGUUCUUCGUGAAGUGUGUAAGCUGGCACAAGACCAGCUUGGUGUCAGUUGUGAACUAAUUGAUUUACAAACUAUUUUACCAUGGGACAAGGAAACUGUCAUAAAGUCUGUACUAAAGACUGGUAGAUUAUUGGUUGCCCAUGAGGCAACUCACACAGGAGGUUUUGGAGGUGAAAUUGUAAGCACUGUGCAGGAAAACUGUUUCUUAUCGCUUGAGGCACCCAUCAUGCGCGUGUGUGGAUGGGACACUCCUUUCCCACAUAUUUUUGAACCAUUCUAUCUGCCUGAUAAAUGGAGAUGCUUUGAGGCAAUCAAGAAAAUGAUGGAAUACUAAAUGUGAAGAAUAUUGAAUUAUCAUCCACAUCAAUGAACAGUUUGGAAUAGUCUUUCUAGGAAUGUUCUUUUUUGGCAAUUAAUGAUUCUAGAUAAAAAAAAGCCUAGAAUUCUAUAUGACACUUCAUGUACAUAAUCCUUUUUCAGCAGAUAAAAUUCAUAUAAAGUCUGUACAAUCAUGUCUCCUCUUGCAGCCCAUUGUGAGGCCUGAUAGGGGCUAGAGACCCGCGGAAUGAGUCUCAUAACAGCUACAAGAGAAAACUACUCUCUCAACUCCACACUGCUGUCAGAGGUUAUUUGUACAAGAAUAAGAUCCAUCUUGAAAGGUAGCCAAGCCUUUGCAUCAAAGCAAGACACCUUAAGAUACCUUAAUUUGUUGACACCUAAAAUAAUUAUUCACAGGUAUCUAUAAUCAUUGCAAGUUCAACUGCUGUCUCGCUUUGAUGUGAUGGAAACUGUGAAAAGUAUUGUCAAGUUGUAAUGCACAUGCAUAACCACCCAAUACUCCGAUUUCGAUUUCUUGUUUGCUCUGUGCCUCAAAACCAAGCAACAUAUUCUUUUGUUUCAUUGAUAGCCCGAGAAAACGCAUGGAAUUUGAAAAGAAAGACAAUAGAAUUGAUUUAAAAUCUCACACUUUUAUUCUCACAAUUAGGAAUAUUUGCGCGCAAAUGAGGCUAACACAGAGCAUUGGAGAAUUCGAAACUGGAUUAUUCAGACAGUACUUCUAGCAAUAGCUGUGAAAUAUAAGAAAGUAGAAACUGACUCACAACUGGUUUGCUAAUUACAUCUAUAAAGUGUAAAAAUGUCUCAUCAAUUAGCUGACACUUGAUCAAACAAUGAUCUGCAAUAAUUUUUAAUAAUGUACCAGUGACUUUCUAGUGUGCUAUACACUAAUUUUUGUAACGAGGUAUUUAAAAUUUGGUAAUGUAGAAUGACUGUGGAAAAUAUUUGUCAUAUUUAAUGUAUUUUUAGCAUACAAUUGACAUAUUGAUGCUGUUGUUGUGUCCAACUCAA